UCUUAAUUUAAUAUUUAAAAUUUGUUUAUUAAAUGUGGUAAUAAAAAUUGAUACUAUGACAUCAUUUAUCAUCGUAUUCAUAAUUGCAAGACAUGCGCAAUCGUAAUACAUAAAAUCGAAUGAAAUAAAAAUUGUAUAUAUAAAAUAAUAAUAGUAAAAGUAAGUAAGAACUAAGAAGGGGAAGAUGAGUUUACAACGAGUGGCUGAAUAUAGAAACAAGUAAGAUAUUUGUUGGUGAAUAAAAAUAAAAACCAUACAUGAAAAUUCUUAGUGUACAAUGUACAUAGUUAAUUAACUGUCUUAUAAUUAUUAUUACAACAGUGAUUAAAUUUACAAUUUACUUGAGAUAAACAAGUACAUACGUUAACAUGGGUUUGGAUGAUUUUAAAAUUAUAUUUGACAAUCCAUGGAGCACGUAUUACCCUGGUCAAACAGUAACCGGGCGUGUUGUCAUCAAAAUUAAUUCAGCCAAAAAAAUACGCGGUAUAAAUUGUAAAAUAAAGGGUGAAGCAAAUACAUGUUGGGCAACUGACAGACAAGAGCAAAAUCAUGAAGGAAGAUAUGAAAAUGAAUCACAAACAGUUACUGGCCAUGAAGAAUAUUUUAACAUGCAGUAUUAUCUUCUUGGAUCUGCAAAUGCCAGUGAAAUGGAAUUACCACCAGGUGAACAUGUUUAUCCAUUUACAUUUUCAUUACCACAUAGCUUGCCAAGUUCAUUUGAGCAUGAUUAUGGACACAUAAGAUACACAGUCAAAGCAAUUAUUGAUCGUCCAUGGAAAUUCGAUCAAGAAACCAAAGCAGCUUUUAGCAUUGUGGCUAACUUGGAUCUCAAUUGUGAAGGACGAGCAAUGGAGCCACUUCAUCAAGAAUUAAGCAAGACAUUUUGUUGUUUAUGCUGUGGUUCAGCACCAUUAAGAGUCAAUGUAACUAUGCCUGUGAGAGGAUACGUACCAGGUCAAGCAAUGUCAAUACGUGUUAAUGUUGAUAAUCAAUCGGGUGUGAUUAUUGAAGUUGUUAAAUUAAUUCUAAGAAAGAUUGUUACAUUUAAAGCAAAUAAUCCAAGAAUAUGUUCACGACGUGAAAAAAUUGUCAUAGCUGAAGUAAGCAAGGGUCCAGUUGAAGCUGGUGGAACAUCUGAUUAUGAACAAACAUUAGAUAUACCAGCAUUACCACCAUCAAAUCUUACAAAUUGUGGUUUAAUUGAUUUGGAAUAUAAUUUAAAAGUUGAAGCAGUAGCUCAAGGAUGGCAUAGAAAUUUAAAAGGCAAUAAUUUGGUAUUCAUUGGUACAGUACCAUUGGCAAAUUAUCAAUCCAGUAUUAUACCACCAGUUAAUAAAAUUGAUCAACAAAAAGGAAAUGAUUAUCAAGACAAAUUGGCUGAUCCAACAUACGGUGGGUAUCCGAGUGGAUACCCUGCCUUUACAAACACAACUGAUGGUAGCUAUCCAUCAGUCCCUCCAACAGCACCACCUCCACCCCUUGAUAAUAACACUGGCAAUCCAACUACUCAACCAUCCCUUAAUAUUUAUCCUAACAUGCCUCCACCAUCAUAUGAAGAAGCUGGAUGGGCUGUACGAAGCCUUCGUGAAAAUAAUGAAAAUUUUCAUGUCAUUGGAAAUAAUAAUCAUUUUGCACCACGUUAUCCAGUCUAUAAAUUUUCAUCGUAAACAUCAUGUGUCUCAAUUAAAAUAUAUAUUUAUUUACGCACAAUAUUAAUAAAUUAUUCAAGUCAAUAUUUUAAUAAAUACGCUUUUUAAAAAAUAUUAUUAUCAUUUUAUGUUUGAUGUAUUUUUGAAUUAUAUAUAUAUCUAUAUUUUUUUGUCAAUAUUUGUUGUUUUAAAAUUUUAUUUUAUAUAUCUACAAAAUAAUAAUAAAAUUAAAUAUUUAAUCAUUUGUAUUUUUAACGAUUUUUAUUUUAAAUAUAUUAUUAUUGUUUAGUUAUUUUUAUUUAUUUUCAUUAUGAAUAAUCAAGUAGUUAUAUUUAUAAAAA